GCUGCGUCACGGGGAAUCCCAUGAUGCCACGGGGUCGUCCCCAUGCCUUCCUCUUCUCUCUGAAUCAUCUUUACAUCGGUGCAAACUUCGGUUAGCCCGAAAAUUGGGACCCAUAUCCAACAAAAUGGGGUUCGUUAAAGUUGUAAAGAAUAAAGCAUACUUCAAGCGAUUCCAAGUCAAGUUCAAACGCAGACGCGAGGGUAAAACCGAUUACUAUGCACGUAAGCGUCUCAUAACCCAGGACAAAAACAAGUACAAUACCCCCAAGUACCGGUUUGUGGUCCGCUUCACAAAUAAGGAUAUUACUUGCCAGAUUGCCUAUGCCAAGCUGGAAGGUGAUGUUAUCAUCUGUGCUGCCUAUGCACAUGAGCUUCCUCGGUAUGGAGUGAAAGUUGGGUUGACCAACUAUGCAGCUGCCUACUGUACUGGCCUUUUGCUUGCUCGCCGUCUCCUGACCAAGUUGAACCUUCAUGAGAUCUACACCGGCACCGAGGAGGUAAACGGGGAUGAGUACAACGUGGAGAGCAUUGAUGGCUCACCAGGUGCCUUCCGCUGCUUCCUGGAUGUUGGCUUGGCACGUACCAGCACUGGUGCCCGUGUGUUUGGUGCUUUGAAGGGUGCUGUUGAUGGAGGUCUUGAGAUUCCCCAUAGCAUGAAGCGCUUCCCUGGCUAUGACUCCGAGUCCAAGGACUUCAGUGCUGAGGUUCACCGCAACCACAUCUUUGGCCAGCAUGUUGCCAAUUACAUGCGCCAACUAGCUGAGGACGAUGAGGAGGCCUUCAAGCGACAGUUCUCACUAUACAUCAAACAUGGCAUUGAGGCUGAUGGCAUUGAGGCUAUGUACAAGAAGGCACAUGCUGCCAUCCGUGAAAGUCCAGAGGCCAAGCCUGCUGCUAAGAGGGAGGUGACUGUCAAACGCUUCCACCGCAAGAAGAUGUCUCGUCAACAGCGUGUGGACCGUGUGAAGCAGAAGAAAGCGGCGUUCCUGCGCGCGCAGGGUGAAGACGAUGACUAAGCCUUGUAUGAAUUGCUCGAGUAAUAAAAAUACCAUCUUAUCCAUU